GGAUCUGCGCAUCCCUAGCGCUCCAUCGAUAUACAAGCCCUCGUUCCGCCCUCGGCUGUGCUCUGCCUUGUGAGUAACAAUCUCGUUCGACAUUCGCAGAUAUAGCAGUUUCUUCUCGCCGUCGCUCACAUUCACGCGCUCGUUCCUCCGAUUGCACCCCUCCUCCCUUCAUCUUCCACCGACGCUUCUUCCUGCACUCGACUCGCGGCAUCGAAGAGCGGCUCGACUAUGGCAGACGUUCCGAUGGAAGGAGAUGUGGAAACGUUCGCUUUCCAGGCCGAGAUCAAUCAGCUGCUCAGCUUGAUUAUCAACACGUUUUACAGCAACAAGGAGAUCUUUCUCCGAGAACUGAUCAGCAAUGCCUCCGAUGCCUUGGACAAAAUUCGUUUUGAGGGGCUCACUGACAAGAGCAAGUUGGAUUCCCAACCGGAGCUUUUUAUUCACAUCAUUCCCGAUAAGUCCUCCAAUACUCUCACGAUUAUCGACAGCGGAUGCGGAAUGACCAAAGCAGGUUUGGUGAACAACCUCGGAACCAUCGCCCGAUCCGGCACCAAAGAGUUUAUGGAAGCACUUGCCGCGGGCGCCGAUGUCAGCAUGAUCGGGCAGUUCGGUGUUGGAUUUUACAGUGCAUAUCUCGUCGCUGAGAGGGUAGUUGUCACGUCUAAGCACAAUGACGAUGAACAAUACGUGUGGGAGUCACAGGCCGGAGGAUCGUUCACAGUAACGAAGGACACCUCGGGGGAAGCUCUAGGGCGAGGAACUAAAAUUGUCCUGCACUUGAAGGAAGAUCAGCUCGAGUAUCUUGAGGAGAAAAGGUUGAAGGAACUUGUGAAGAAGCACUCUGAGUUCAUCAGCUACCCUAUCUCGCUGUGGAUCGAGAAGACUUCGGAGAAGGAAGUAUCUGAUGACGAGGAAGAAGACAAGAACGAUGAGGAAGGCAAGAUUGAAGAAAUAGACGAGGAGAAAGAGAAAGAGAAGAAGAAGAAGAAAGUGAAAGAAGUUUCACACGAAUGGAGUCUUGUUAACAAGCAGAAGCCUAUCUGGAUGAGGAAGCCCGAAGAGAUCACGAAGGAUGAAUACGCCGCGUUCUACAAGAGUUUGACCAACGACUGGGAGGAACAUUUGGCAGUGAAGCACUUCUCGGUGGAAGGUCAGCUGGAAUUCAAGGCUGUCAUCUUUGUCCCCAAGAGAGCUCCUUUCGAUCUAUUCGACACUAGAAAGAAGCUCAACAACAUCAAAUUGUAUGUGAGACGUGUUUUCAUCAUGGACAACUGUGAGGAGCUCAUCCCCGAGUACUUGGGAUUCGUGAAGGGUGUUGUUGACUCUGAGGAUUUGCCCCUGAACAUUUCUCGUGAAACGCUCCAGCAGAACAAGAUUCUGAAGGUCAUCAGAAAGAAUCUUGUGAAGAAGUGUAUCGAGAUGUUCACGGAAAUCGCCGAGAACAAGGAAGAUUACGACAAGUUCUACGAGACUUUCUCUAAGAACUUGAAGCUUGGAAUCCACGAGGAUAGCCAGAACAGGAGCAAGCUUGCUGAGUUGUUGAGAUACUAUUCAACCAAGAGCGGCAACGAACUUACCAGUCUGAAGGAUUACGUGACCCGCAUGAAGGAGGGUCAACAGGAUAUUUACUACAUCACAGGAGAAAGCAAGAAAGCCGUCGAGAACUCUCCUUUUCUGGAGAAGCUAAAGAAGAAGGGUUAUGAGGUUCUGUUCAUGGUUGACGCUAUCGACGAGUAUGCUGUUGGCCAACUCAAGGAAUACGAUGGUCACAAGCUGGUGUCUGCUACAAAGGAGGGACUGAAGCUGGAUGAGUCCGAGGAGGAGAAGGCCGCCAAGGAGGCGAAGAAGGCUUCGUUCGAAGGUUUGUGCAAGGUGAUGAAGGAGAUUCUUGGAGACAAGGUUGAGAAGGUCGUUGUAUCUGACCGCAUUGUGGACUCUCCUUGCUGUCUGGUCACCGGUGAGUACGGCUGGACCGCGAACAUGGAGCGUAUCAUGAAGGCACAAGCGUUGAGAGAUAGCAGCAUGUCCAGCUAUAUGUCCAGCAAGAAGACGAUGGAGGUGAACCCCGACAAUCCUAUCAUGGACGAGUUGAGGAAGAGAGCCGACCAAGACAAGAGCGACAAGUCUGUCAAGGAUCUCGUCCUGUUGCUGUUCGAGACUGCCCUGCUUACCUCAGGAUUUAGCUUGGACGACCCCAACACCUUCGGUUCGCGCAUUCACAGAAUGUUGAAGUUGGGACUCAGUAUCGACGACGAGGUCGUAGCUGACGGAGACGCUGACAUGCCUGCCUUGGAGGUUGAUGCCGACGCCGAGGGAAGCAGAAUGGAGGAAGUUGAUUAAGUCAUGUAGGCAUACGAACCAACACACAUCAACCAUCGUCGGAGUAGAUUAAAGUUGGGACUACUUAGCCCCUUGAAUUGAAUGGGUGAACACGAGAUUACCCCGAUUGAUCCUUGUACAACCAAUGAAUUGCCGGUUUGUUUAGAUAGCACCUCGGUUUCUGAAAUUUCCUGGAAUGUAGACGGUGUUUUUAAGUACAUAGAACGUCAAAUUGGAGAAACGUAGCCACGGGCGUCAAUAAAUUAGCUUACGUAGUCGUAGAGUAGGUUUUCUUAGAAUGUAUUUCGAAGGUUCGCAAUUAAGCAUAAUGUUUUGACCACGAUAUUUUGACCGAAUGGAGAUAAACAGUUAUCUUCUGAUCCGUAUCAGACUAUAUUGGCAGGAUUUGUUAUUGGUUCAUUUUGCAGUCACGAGCCAUAUCAGAGAGAAGUGAGGAAUACAGUUGUGGUCAUUCAAAUAUAACACG